AAAUUGCUAACGAAUCUAUGUUCCGGCUAUGAGCGGUCAUUCUGCGACAUUUCUUAUUGCUCCUCUGUACCAAGAGGCAAAUUCUAAGCGGAUAUUUAUCUGAGGAAGGCGAUACAGUGGUAAAAAAGGAGACGGGGCCUUCUGCUGCAGUGAUGGAACAGCCAGGCAGUGAUCCAGAGGAGAACAGCACCACUGCCCAAGUGGAGAGCAGUGAGAGCCACUCUACAGAGAAAGAUGCUCAGGUAGAGCAGAGAACCGCAGAUAUAGAUACUCCGGCAGAGCAGAGCAACCAGAACCAGGAUUCCUCUGUACCCUCAAAUACAUCAAGUGGUCAGGGGAGCCAGAACUUGGAGGAUCUUGAUACUGAAGUAAAAAAGGAGACGGGGCCUUCUGCUGCAGUGAUGGAACAGCCAGGCAGUGAUCCAGAGGAGAACAGCACCACUGCCCAAGUGGAGAGCAGUGAGAGCCACUCUACAGAGAAAGAUGCUCAGGUAGAGCAGAGAACCGCAGAUAUAGAUACUCCGGCAGAGCAGAGCAACCAGAACCAGGAUUCCUCUGUACCCUCAAAUACAUCAAGUGGUCAGGGGAGCCAGAACUUGGAGGAUCUUGAUACUGAAGUAAAAAAGGAGACGGGGCCUUCUGCUGCAGUGAUGGAACAGCCAGGCCGUGAUCCAGAGGAGAACAGCACCACUGCCCAAGUGGAGAGCAGUGAGAGAGGCUCUACAGAGGAAGAUAAGGAUGGAGCUGUAGAUCCCCAGAUCCCACCCCUCAUCACAGAGCAGAGGGUUACUAAAGAACGUGGAGACCCAUCCUGUAAUGCGUCAUUGUUGAUGCUCGUUGGGGUUCUAGGGUUGCUGCUGGCCGUGGCGGUGAGGUUGUUCAACCCUGAGUCUCUCACUGAGAACCCAGCGUUCAACCGAACAGAGACCUUCCACAGAGAGAUGAAGACGGUGGAGGCCCUGUUCCCCGGACAGCGCUCUGAGCUGUGGAGGAGGAGCAGGAUCCACCUGGAGAGGCACCUCCAGACGGCCCGGCCCACGGAGCCAGUCAGCCUGAUGCUGACAGCAGGCCGCAGGGGGGAGAAGACACUGCACUGCCUUGCCCUGCGUCUGGCCUCCGCCUUCUCUGCCCUCAACAUCUCAUCCAUCCUCCAGAUCGACGGGGCCAGCAAGGCUGGCCAGGACAGCGACCAGGUCAAGCUGGACAUCGACACCCAGCUGGGGCGAGCCUUCGAGGGAAACAAUUCCGUAGCCGUCAUCCAUCGCUUUGAGGAGCUGCCCCCGGGUUCCACGAUCAUAUUCUACCGCUACUGUGACCACGAGAAUGCAGCCUACAAGGAGGCCUUGCUCAUCUUCACCGUGCUGCUGGGGGGUGAGGAGGAGCUGCCGGCCAGCCUGGGACUGAGUGCCGUGGAGGAGAUGGUGGAUGACCACCUGCAGGACAAGUUCCUUUCCUCUGACCAGCCGGCCGCCUUUGACUUGAUGGACUUGGACAAGUUCAGUGGUCUGUGGAGCCGCAUCUCUCACCUGGUCCUGCCAGUGGCAGCAGAGGAGAGGAUAGAGCAGGGGGACUGUGUGUAAAACUCCCUGUCUAUUUUUACUGUUUCACCUUCUACUAGCCUGGUCCCAGAUCAGUUUGUGCUGUUUUGUUUUGGUAAUCACAAUUCCAUAGGGAGUUGACCAGAGAGCAGGAAGACUGGCACCCAGGCUAAUCUUCUGAUACUCCAAUCACUGAACUAUCUGACACUUCUAUCCUCACAUCCUUCAUAACAUUGCUAUUAUCAUCAUCAGUUGUGAUGUUUUAAUGAUGGUCACAGCACACAGGGACAUGAAUAGCAAUGGUUGACCACUUGCCACUUUAUAAGUUUAUAAGUCUACUACAAAAGGCAGAGCCAAGAAAGAAAAAUACACCGAGAGAGACAUUGUAGUAAUUAGUGAUCUGGAAGACACUGCAGGGUGUGUAUUGUAUGUACAGCAUGUAUGAGAUUGGGUUAAUAAUGAUGUGAUUAUUAUGAGUCUGUUUACUCUCAUAUUUUAAUUAUCCUAUAUAUGUCUAUUGAAGAGCAGCCUUCUGGAGUGUGUGUGUGUUGAUGUUGUAACCAGGGGUUUACCUUGUCAGGAUUACCCAGAUUGCCUCACCUGUCAAGGACUUUGACGAGGACAAAGAUAUCAAAUAAAACAAUGUGCCUUAAAUGGAAAUAA